AGCACUUGCCCCAACAGUUUGCUAAGGCUACACGGGGAUCUUUGUCUUGGCACAGCUGGGCUGUGCCAGCAGCCCUCAACGGAGACCUGGACAGUGUGAUCGCGCUCUCGUCGCGCCUCUUCUCCGAGCUGCGCCAUCUCGUCAUCACCAACGACACGCCCUCGCAGAUCGUCGGGAGCGUGUUUUUGGGCGUACGCGACGAGGUGGAGGGCGUGUACAAGUCGUACUGCGCGCACCACGAGCAGGGCCUGGCCGAGAUGGAGAUGUGGUCGCACGACCCCCACUCCUGCGACUGCCUGCAGGCCAGCAUCACCGCACUCCGGGAGAUUUACACUCACGUGGGUAAGCGUCGCUUGGUGGACGUUCCGUCGUUCCUGAUCCUCCCGGUGCAGCGCGUGACGCGCUACCCGCUCCUGCUCACCGAGCUGGCGCGUCACACCCCCCUCUCGCAUCCCGACUGCGAGCCAUUGGCGAGGGCUGUUGCCAGCUUGCGGGAAGCCAACAUGGCCAUUAAUAACGCUCAGCGCUUAGUGGUGAGGAGGGUGCCCCCCCCUCCCGCCCCCCUGUCGGUGCUGGCUGAGCGACUGUUCCGGCGUGGAGUCUCCUCCCUCGCCAAAACCACGGCACAGAUCCGGCAGCUCGCGGGGCUCACGUCUCGCGAUGACGAUGGUGGCGAGGACCUGGCGAAGCGUUUCCGUGUCUUGCACAUUGACGUCAAGACGUCUGCAGCAACCGCCGCCACCUCCCCUGCUGCCAUCACCGCCACCACCUCCACUGUCAUCGACAACGAAAACAGCAACAACAACAAUAACAACAACCACACCCGCCAGGAGGAGGCGGAGGUGGCGGUGGCAGCCGUUGGUGUGAGCGGCGAGCGUCUCGUUGCUUCUCAGCCGGAGGGGGAGGCAGUCGGUCGUCACGGUAAUCGCGCCAUGUGCCGCGUCCCCCCGCGCCGCCACUCGGACGCGGAGGGGGAGGCAGUGCCUCGGUCUCCGUGGCGACGGCACGAGGAGCGGUCCCACACGGAUGGGGAGAUGGACGACGAUGACGACGGCGGCGGCGGCAGCACCUGCAGGACACGUGCAGGCUUGGGCCUGGCCAAGUGCGCCGGUGACGCCAAACGCAGGGCGAGGUCGCGGCCUCCGGGCCCAAAACAGGAGUCGAAAUCAAAACAGGAAGAGGAAGUGAAUCCAAAACAGGAACAGGAACCGAAACAGGAACUGAAGCUGAAACCAAAACAGGAAGGGAAACUCACGACCGAGCGGAGAUUGAAACCGCAGAAAAACCGCGCAGAGACUCCGGGGGCCGAGGUGGAGGAGCGAGUGGCACGGUGGCGCCUCGCCGGCUCGGAGGAGGCCACAGAUUCGGACCGCACGGACUCUGUCCGCACUGGGUCCGACUCGGGGUUCGACUCCCUGUCACGCUCGCGCAACCUCCCCCGCCCUCCCGCCCGGGGUCCCCACCCCCCGCACCCUCCCCUCCCCUUACCUCCCCCUGCCUCCCCCGAGGCCCCCGAGGCUUCGUCAGGCCGAGCCCCGCGGAGAGCCCGGACCGACGGGGAUCAUCGGGGGUCGCCGCCACGGGGCCCCCCCCGUUUCUCCGACGAGCGGCGAGACGCCCCGCCUCUACUGCGCCGCCCCAAGUCCAGCCACGACCUCCUGGGCUCCGGAUACGACUACAACGACGACUACGGUCGCCCGCGCUCCGACUGCCCGGCGCUCCGCUGCGACCGCCGCCCCCGGUGUCCCCCUCUCCACGGCGACCCCGCGGGGCCCCCGCCCCGGGCCCCCGACUACGGCACGCUGCGGCCCCUCCUCCACGCGGCACCCGCCCCGGUGUUCGUGCACCACACGACCGACCGGGUGCUGGGGCGGCAGCACCGCCACCGCUCGCCGCGAGGCCUCGACGUGGUCGACUGCGGCAUCUGCCUUCCUCCUCCUCCCACUGUCCACCGCCCUCCUCCCGCUGUCCACCACCGCUCUCCUCCCGCUGUCCACCACCGCCCUCCUCCCGGUGCCCACCACCGCUCUCCUCCCAUUGUCCAUCACCGCUCUCCUCCUCCUACCGCCGUCCACCCAGACCGCGGUCGACAGCCCCCUUACCGAGACAGCACAGUCGAGCGGGGGCGCCGUGGGGACGGUUACCAUGGAGACGGUUACCAUGGAAACGGUUACCGCGGAGACUGUUACUCUGAAAAUGAGUACCAUAGAGAUGGGUACCAUAGGGAAGGGCGUCGUGGAGAUGGUUACCGUGGGGAUGGAAUUUAUGGAGAUGGUUACCGCAGUCACGGAAACUAUGAAGACGGUUACAGCGGCCUUGGAACCUAUGGAGAUGGUUACCGCGGUGACAGAACCUUUGGGGAUGGUUGCUGUGGUGACAGAAUUGAUGCAGACAGUUACCGUGGAGCUGGUUACCAUGGUGAUCGCGGAGAUGGGCGCCGUAGAGAUGGGUGCCGCGGAGACGGACGCCGGGGAGACUGUUACCGUGGAGACGGACGCCGUGGAAAUGGUUACCCUGGAGACGGAUGCGGCUCCCCUUCCAGUGCAGACGGGGCCCCCAAUUCCAGGCGGCGCCGUGAGCACGAGAAGCAGGCGACAGGCGGUGCUGAUGGAAGGGAACUUGUCGUCAGUGAAUAUUUCUACCAGGCCGUGUUCUCCUUCUCGGCGCUGCUCCCCAACCAGCUGAGCGUGCGUGCGCGUGAGCGCGUGCGUGUGCUCUCCUUCCACGACGAGGCCGGGAACUCUGCGUGGUGGCUGGCGGAGGGGCCGGCCGGCCAGGGCUACCUCCCCGCGGCAUACCUCCGCGCGUCCCACUACACGUAGACAACACGGACAACACAACACGUAGCCACCACAGUGCAACACGUAGACAACACUUCGUCCCACUGCACGUAGACAACAUGGCGUCGCACUGCACGUAUGUGGACACGGCAUACAAAGACAACACAGCGCACACAGAUUCUCCGUGCGCACGGCAUACAUGGACACGCAGGUACGUCCCGCUGCACAGACAUGGAACAUGUCUGCGCAGGGGCAUGCGGCAACACAAUUGCAAGCGUAGACAAAGAUUCCCCCCAAUGGCGUGCACAGGCUGUUGGGGCGAGUGCUGUUAGCGAGCAUCUGCGAAGGCUGGCACCGUGCACGAGGGGCCGGCGUGGCUGUGACCACUCCUCCGGUGGCCUUAUUCUCCCGGUGCUGAUGUCCUCAUCCAUCGCACCAGGUACUCGGUUGAGGCUGAAUCGAGCUGGGGGGCGGAGGCCUUUUCUCGCUUAAUUGGCACUCUCCACUGGCCAGGAAUCAAACCGAGGUCGUCAGGUUCAUAAUGUCGUGUGACUAUAAUGCAGAUGAGCGCGUGAAUGCGUCCUUGUUUGUGUGUGUACCCCUGUUUACGUGUCUACGCCUGUUUACGUGUCUACCCCUGUGCAUGUGUGUUUAUACCUGUGUGUGUUUAUACCUGUGUGUGUGUACCCCUGUGCAUGUGUGUGUGUGUUAUACCUGUGUGUGUGUGUUUAUACCUGUGUGUGUGUACCCCUGUGCAUGUGUGUGUUUAUACCUGUGUGUGUGUUUAUACCUGAAUAUGCAUUUAGAAGCUAGUGUACCAUUGCGUGUGGUACCAUAUGUGGGUCACGUAACAGGGUCUAACAUGCUACUGGGUCUUAACGUGCAAAUGGGUCUAACGUGGCACUUGCUCACGGGGUAGAGACUUUCCACGCAGGAUACAAACUGUGGGUCUCACGUGCCUUGGGGUUGAACGUGCUGAGGCGGGCACGGACUCGUGCUGAUGGGUGCUCUGUACAGUUUAUAUUUGCCAUGCGCUGUAUUUGCAUUAAACUGCGAGGAUUUUGCCUCUAAUGGCCUCCUGUGUGGAGUUAAACCAGACAUGACGGUCGCCAUCAUUACACCGCUGACGGAG